UGUAAAUUUCUAUAUUUAUGUAAUAUAAUAUAUUUACAUAAUAUAAUAGUAUUUAUAUAAUAUAAUAACAAUAUAUUUUAUUUAUAAUCAGUACAAAUAAUUUUUUCAUAAUUUAUAUUAUUCUUUUCUUUUUUUCCAUAGUUUUGUAUAAAUUUUAAUUUAUGAAACAAUAUUGUUUAAAAUAUUUUGAAAUUUAAUAUUUUCUAUAUUAUAUUUUCUAUGUAUAUAUAUACUUCGUAUAUAUGAUAAUCAAAAUACUUAAUAUUAAAUUUGUUAUUAUUUACCCAAAAUCAAAAAUAAUAAUUUAUUUAUCAAAAAUAAACAUUUCAUAACAUUUCGUUACAUAGAAAUAUCUGGACACUGUUACCAAAUUCAUUAUGAAUUGUAUCCUAAAUAAGCUGCAUAUUUAUAUUUUUAAAGAGUAUUUUUAUUUAGAAUGUUUGAAAUUUAGUAAAUUUUUAUUUAAAAAAGUAUAUGUAUAUAUAUAUAAUAUGUAUUAUAUAUUCAUAUCGUUUUUAGAGAUUACUAUAUUAUAGAUAUAUUCAUUCACUUUUUAGCAAUUGCGAAAUAAGGAACAUUAAGUCUGAAUGAAAUAGAGAGACAUGUAUAUUAUUUUUUUAUCAUUAUAUAAUGCAUAUAAUUCAAAUUUAUUAUAUUUAAAUAAUUUAAAUAUGGAAUUUGAUAUUAUUUUUAUUAGAAGAAUCUUAUAAAUUUGAAUACAAUGAUCUAAUAAUUAUAAAAUAAAGAACAUAAAAGUUUUAUUUUUCUAAUUUUUCAUAUAUUACUCUCUUAUUAGUAGACAUUAUCGAUGAUAAGGAAAAAAUAACGUAAGUAUUCCUUUCGUUAAAUCAGUUCCAGGAAAUGGUGGGGAUAACUUUACUUUUGUUAACGAGGAUUUCUCAUACAGAAAAGAAAUAUAUUUAUUAAUAGAUAAUAUUAUAAUUCUCUAUAUCAAUAAUUUCGCAUAAAUAUUAAUGAUGUUAUUAAUAAAUUCAAUAAUUAAAAAUUGAAGUUCCUCCGAUUAAUUACUUUUCGCUACGUUUUCACUUCGUGACUUUAACAAAUAUAUUAUAUCUACCUGGAUUUCUAUAAUAAUACGAAUAAAAUUUUAAAAAUAAUUUAAGUUCGAUUUUAAAAUUUGGUAUUUAUGAAAAAUAUUUAUAUAUGUAUGCUUUAUCCUUAAAAUUAAAUUCAUAUCCAAAAAAUUGUGGAAGAUGGGAUUAUUAUCAGUGUUGAAGCAAUCCACCGUGAUUCAUCUGAUAUUUGCCAUAACAUUUUUUACUACGGGUUUGAUAACCAAUUUCUUCCAGUGUCUUUUGUACUUUGGUCUCAGACCUUUUUCCAGAUAUUGUUAUCGCAAGAUUAAUUAUUAUUUUUGCUAUUCUUUUUAUAGUCAGUUGGUUUUUUUAAUAGAAUGGUGGUCUGGAUCAGAUUUUAUAUUGUAUAUGGAUAGAAAUGAUCUUGAAAAACAUUUUGGAGAAGAACAUGGAUAUAUAUUAAUGAAUCAUAGUUAUGAAGUAGAUUGGCUUAUUGGUUGGGUUCUGUGUGAACGUAAAGGAAUACUUGGUAAUUGCAAAGCAUAUGUAAAAAAAUCAUUACAAUAUAUUCCAACAUUAGGUUGGGGAUGGAAAUUUUCUGAAUAUAUUUUUUUGGAAAGAAAUUGGGAGAAAGAUAAAGAAAUAAUUCGUUCUCAAAUUCGUGAAUUUGGAAAUUAUCCAGAUAAUAUAUCGUUACUUUUAUGUCCUGAGGGAACACGGAUCACACCACAAAAAUUAGAAGCUAGUCAAAAGUUUGCCCAAAAAGAAGGUCUUCCGAUAUUAAAAUACCAUUUAACACCACGAACAAAAGGUUUUACAGCAAGCAUACCAUAUAUGCGGGAUAAAAUACCUGCAAUUUAUAAUAUGCAAGUGCAAUUCAAAUCAAAUGAUUCUGUGAAACCAACAAUAACAAAUUUGCUAUUAGGAAAACGGAUUUUAGGGCACAUAUAUAUGCAGAGGAUACCUAUGAAAGAAAUACCAGAAGAUCAAGAAGCUGCUGCAGAAUGGUUACAUAAACUUUAUGAGAAAAAAGAUCGUAUGGCAGAAAGUUUUGAAAAAACAGGUGAUUUUUUUGCAACUAGUGGAGUAGCCAAAGUAGAUAAAAUUACAUUAAAGAGAAGAUAUUAUUCACUCAUUAAUACAAUUUGCUGGACAAUGAUAGUAGUAGUACCAAUGAUUUAUUAUUUGAUUAAUCUUUUUCUAUCUGGUUCGACUAUUUAUUUUUCGAUUGGAAUUGGUACUAUUCUUUUAUUUUACAUACUUAUGCAAAAAACGAUAGGAAUAUCCAAAAUAAGUAGUAGUUCAUCAUAUGGAACUGGUGAUAAAAAAUUGAAGUAAGAAAAGAGCAAAAAAUUAUAUUACUUUCUUUUUUUCUUUUUUUUAAGUGAAAAGAUAGAUAGCAUGCGCGCGUGCGCGAAAGAAACAAAGAGAGAGAGAGAGAGAUUACAUUACAAAAUUACAAUAUAAAAAAAUGUUUGUAAUACUUGCAAGAAGAUAUAUAGAAAAAAAACUAUGUGUGUGUGUGUGCGCGCGCGCGCGUGUGUAUUAUAAACAUAUAAAAUUUUUAAACUAUAUUAUAAUUUUUAAUUAUAUUAAUUUAUUGGAUUAAUUUUAAUUAAUAUUUUAGGAAUAUAUACGUAUGUAAUAUUAGAUAAAAGCUUUAAAUAUCAAACAAUUUGUAGUUAAUUAAUUAUAUAUAUAUAUUCAGUUUUUCUAUAUGAAUUGUUAGUUAGUUAAUAUAUGUAAUAUAAUAUAUAAUCUUUGUUUUAUAUCUCUGUGUGUGUGUGGGCGCGCGCGCGUCUUUCUCUUUCCUCUUCUUUCAAAGUUUUAAGUUUUCAUUUGCUAUUAUAUAUUUAAUACUUUCUAUUUUUGUUUUUUUGUUCCAAUUAUAUAGAUCAUAUGCCUCUUACAUUAUCAUGAAUAAUAGAUUUCUUUACAUACAUAAGAUUUAUAUUAAGAAUUAUAUUUGUAAUAUUGCAAAAAUCAUAAUUAUCGAAAAAAAUAUAGUAUUUAAAAUGCAAAAAAAAAAAAUAUAUAUGAUUUUGCAAUAAAUUUUUUCAAAAAUUUAAUGGUUUAAAUGAAAAAUUCAAUGAAGCAUAUGUUAAUUCAAAAAUAUUUAAAUAUUUUAAGAAAAAAAUUUUGAUUACAAUAAUUAUAAAAUAUUUUUUAAGUACUAAA